AUGAAUUUUUCUGAACGAUUUUCGAAAUUUCCCCCCAGCCGGAAAAACGAGCGCUAUGACCUUGUGUGCAGCUGGGGAGAGCGGCGGCAGGAGUGUCUGGUGCCCUUCAUCGACAGCGCCCUCGUCACAUUCUGCAUCGUCAGCAUCCUCCUGUUCUUCGGGGUCGUCGGCAUGACGACCAGCCUCCUCAUGACCCGCAAACUCACCCGGAGUACUGAGGACUCGCGCAACCAGAUGAAGGUCCAGCGGUAUUUCUGGCUGAUCGUGACGAAGAUCCCGCGUAUGUGGGGGGAGUGGCGACUGCGGAUGCUGAUUCCGCUCAUCAUCUUCACGGGCAUGCAGCAGGCAUUCAUCUUCAUCGACUUUGCUGAUGUAAGUACUCAAACAAACCCUCAUCAUCUUCACAGGCAUGCAGCUUCAUGAUCCCAAUCUCAUUGCGGACAUAUCGGGGUUUGAACCAACAGAAUUGGCAACAUCUAUCCUGACAUGAGUACACACAUAUAAAUACAAAUGUAGUUCAGAUCAAUCAGAAAAUGUUGAAUUUCUGCAGAUGAACAGAUAUCGUGCGUCUCUUCCUUUAUCAUUUCCUUUUUA